AUGGCCUUAGCAGCCGAAAAUGAGCCGCUUAACUCCCCGGCAAAAGCGAACAAAGAUCCUGAGGUUAAGAAAAUAUUUCUCUUGAGCUAAUAUUUUUCUUCAGGAACAUGGAACCAAAGGUCUUGAGAAAAACAUGACCUUGUUCAAUGGCGUCUCUAUUAUUGUGGGAUGCAUCAUUGGAUCUGGAAUCUUCAUCAGCCCUACAGGAAUCCAAGCGAGUAAGUUCUGCAGCUGUGAAAACCUUUCGCUUACUUUUUCCAACUGACUUCGCGGUUUCAGACGCGGGAUCUGUCGGUCUUUCACUUAUUGUGUGGGUUCUCAGUGGAAUAUUCGCGGCGAUCGGAGCCUACUGUUACGCGGAGUUGGGCACCUUGAUUCACAAGUCCGGUGGAGACUAUGCCUAUAUUAUGGAAGCUUUUGGGCCAUUUCUGGCUUUUGUCCGUCUUUGGAUUGAAAGUAUCGUUGUGAGGUAUGUUUUGGCUGAAAUGCCGAUUGAAACGGUUUUCAGACCUUGCACAGCAACGAUCGUCGCCCUCACGUUUGCCAUCUACAUGCUCAAGCCGUUUUUCCCGGAAUGUGACCCACCGGCAGGGACAACUGAACUCUUGGCAGCAAUUCUACUGAGUAAGUCAUCUCAAUGAUGGAAAACUGAAACAAGCUGGAAUAUUUAAAAACUAGAAGAAUAAGAAAGAAGACUUCUUUCAGCUUCAUUUUUCUAUCUUCUAUCCGAAUUUUCUAAUAGCUUACAACACCUUUUUCUCUCUUUCGAAACCUUUGCAAUUUGUUUAUAAAUUUUUUAGUUCUUCUAACCGCCAUCAACUGCUGGUCGGUCAAAUGGGCGAGUAAAGUUCAGGACGUUUUUUUCGUCGCCAAAGUUUUUGCCCUCGUGUUGAUCAUUGCCACUGGAGCUUAUUUGCUGCUUACCGGUACCUCUAUCUCGAAAUCAUCCAAAAUUUUUUUCUCAAAUAUUUUCCAGGAAAGCCUCAAUAUCGUGACUCGUUUGAGAACAUCUUUGAAAACACUGUCAAAGAUUUCCAAACCGCUUCUCUCGCUUUUUACUCCGGUCUUUUUGCUUAUCAGGGGUGGAACUAUCUGAACUUCAUCGUUGAGGAGCUUCAAAACCCUGAAAGGUUGGAGAAGAAGACAUUGUGUUCAAGAAAGAGUGCAACUUCAGGAACUUGCCCCUGGCAAUCGCGAUUUCAUGCUCUUUGUGCACGGUCAUCUACACUCUGACAAAUGUCGCAUUGUACACCACGAUUUCUCCAGAUGAGAUGUUAGCAAGUCCCGCAGUCGCGGUGGUGAGUGAGCUUAGCUGAGGAGGAAAACAUUUCCCUAGUCCCUCAUAAUUAGGGACCGCAAAGCCACGCCCCUUUUCGCGAUAGAAAAAGUGGCUUUUUUUUGGUUUUCAACUUUCAUUUUGUUGUAGUUGCAAAAUAUAUGGAACUGGAUAAUAAAAUUUGACACACAUGUACAGAAAAGCUUCCUCUUUCAUUUGAAAAAUAUUUCACGCUUUUUUGAUGCGUUCUCGCGGAAUGUCGUACAAAAACGUGAAUGGAACUAAAAAAUGUUGUCAUUUUUUGCUUUUUCAUGUGUUUUCAGGUCGAACGCACUCUUUCUUUUUUUAUAAAAUGAUUUUGAUUCAAGUAACGGAAAUUUUUAAAACAAUAAAAUAAAAAAAUUCGUCUUUGCCAAAAAAAUUUUAGGAAGUGCCGAAAGUCAUAAUUCAAAAUAUCGUUAAUAAGCGAAUAUAAUCGAGUUUUUUUGUUUUUUUCAAAAUUUAGACCAUGGGCUUACUUAAAUAUUUUCUCCACAGCAUAUGUGCUUGAAAAAAAGUUGUUUAAUACGCAAAAAAAUGCUCUUGAAACUAGAGAAUAAAAAUUAGCGGCGUUUAUCACACAGAAAGAGGUCGAACGCAGGUUUUUUUCAAACGAUUAUAUACAUUUAUUAGUAAAAAAAUCUUUCAAUUAAAAAGAAUAAAAUAAAAAAAUUCGUCUUUGCCAAAAAAAUUUACGGGGCCGUUUUAAUGCAGCGAUCGUUAAACGAGGCAAAAAAAGCACUAAAAAAACAGCUUUUUUUCGAAGUGAAUUUUUCCACGGAAAGUUUAGGUAAAGAUUUGCGAACAUAUUCUGAUAAAAAAAUAGCUAAAUUUCUUCAAACUUUUUAUUUUUGUAAAAUAGGCAAUCUGUGCUAUCCAAACGGCUCAAGGGUAAGGGGGGUGGAAGCUCCCCUCGCCAGACCUAACAGCUUGGCGCAGCGCGUCCGCUGCGAAUUUUCAUUUUGAGGUCGCGAGUUCGAUACCCGCAAGCGUCAGUUUUUUGUUUUCUGGAAAAUACCGACUUUUUCGGCAAACUAGCUGAUUAGCAUCAUUUUAGCACUCUAUUAUGAUUUGUUACAUCAUAAUAGACCAGUAUCAAAACUUGUUCUAGAAGAAAAAAAUCGAGAAAAAAAUGUCAAAAAAAUGGAUAAUACCAAAAUUUCAGUACUAAAAAUGGUGCGCGGCGCGCACAUUUUUCGUCAUAACUUUUUUCAACCUCAACCUUUUUCGAAAAACUGAACGGUUCUGAGUUUUAAAUCAAAACAGCUAUCAAACCAUACAAAACUCGAUGCUGAAAAAAAAUUUUUGAAAAUUCGUCUGCGGUCCCUACUCAUAAUAUUCCGAAUGGGUCCAAAUUAUUGGUAUAAAUUUAUUCUUUUAGAUAAGGUAGAUAAGGCACACGGAUUUUGCAACACUUAUAGUUUUUGAGAACUGAUCGCUGAAUUUUGAAGUUUCUCGAACGAUUUACAGAAAAGCAACCUUCGGUAGAUACAUCGAAAAGAAACUCCGUUCACAAAUCAAAAAAGUUAUCGUAAAAUCUUGAGCAUUCUUUGAAGUGUGAAUUGAUCUAAAAAAUGAAACGGAGCUUUCAGUUGUUUGCUGAGAAGAACUAUGGCUACUUCGCUUUCGUGAUGCCCAUCUUCGUCGCCUGCUCAACUAUCGGAUCAGCUAAUGGAGUUAUUUUGACGAGCUCGAGGUAAGACACAAAAAACCCAUUUAACCGUCUUUAUUUUUGUCAAUGAUUAGAAAAAAAAACCUGAAGGAUCGGACAGUAAGACGAAGAACAUCAUUGAUCGGAAAAACCGCAUCAAUUCUUUUUUAAUUAAGUAUGUGUUUUGUGAAAAAAUGAUACAUCUUGAAUGAAAAAAAUUUGAAUUUCAAAACAUUUUUCUGAAAAGAUAGGGCGAUUGUUAGUAGGUCUUUAAAACUUGAAAGAUAUUCCGUUCAUUUUAUAAUAUCAAGGAAUUUUUCCUCAUGAAAUUUCUUUUUUCUCAGACUUUUCUACUGCGGAGCUCGUGAAGGACAGAUGCCACAGGUCCUCACUAUGAUCAACAAACAGACCAAAACGCCGAUUCCAGCAGUUUUGUUGACGGUUUUCAAACGAGUUUGUUUUGCAUUAAAAUCUGAUUCAUUUCAGGGACUUUUGUCUCUGUUCUACUUAUUUUUAUCUAACAACAUAUACUCGCUCAUCAACUACAUUCAAGUGAGCUACUGGCUGGCCAUCGGAGCUGCAAUCGCGGCUCUUUUCUACCUCAGAAAAACGAUGCCCGACGCUCCUAGAGCUGUUAAGGUUGGAUCGCUUUUUGUUUGUGUUUAUUUAAUUUUGGUUUUAGGUCAACUUGUUCUUCCCAGUGGUCUUCUUCAUCGGAUGCAUGGCUCUGGUGUUCGUUCCUAUCAUUGGAGCCCCUAAAGACACGGGUGAGAGAUAGCUUCCGUAAACGUUUUUAUAUGCGAUUCGCACUCAAAACGUUGUGGUGACGCUGUCUAAAACGAUGAAAAAUGAAUAUUUGUUUCUGGUACAUUUUGAAGAUUUUGCUAGCUUUCCUUGUGUUAGAGGAUGACGCUGUUUCCCAGUAGUUUGCGGUCAGGCGCUCUCACAAACUUGUGCAAUUUUCUUCAAAAUUGACGCGACGCGUUGAGUCAUUUGUGGCAAAAAAAACCUUCCAAGCUAUAGAACAUAAACCAAGAUGAUGAAUAUUCUUAGCUAUCGGAAUCUUGAUCAUGCUCUCUGGAGUCCCAGUCUACCUGAUCUUCAUCGCUUGGAAGGGCAAACCAAAGUUCUUCAACUCCAUCAUCAGUAGGAGCUUUAAGAAAUUUGUUGGAUAAAAAUUUAUUCAGAUCGACUGACUCUCUUCACACAAAAACUCUUCCUCGUCGUCGAUGCCAGCAAAGAAAACUAA